CACCGCCAAAAAGAUCCUUGGCAGAAAGCAUGCGCAGUCGGAUCGAAGUGGGAGGACUGGGAGGCACCAGAGGAGAGGGACUGUUUAUUUUUCGGCGAGGAUGGGAAAGAUGCACGCUUCAAAACUGUAGUGACCUACAGGAUGCGCAGCUUCGUGAUGGAUGACACGAAAUCUGAUUUGGACCAGCUAGAAGUGCAGAAUGACUUCUCAAAUGUGCCAAAUUUUUCAGCCCCAUUCGAAGAUUUAAUCAGCGAACGAGUUUCGGUCGCCGUUUCGUCUGCAAUCAUUGGAGACGCGACCUACAGAGUCAAAGAGCUUAUUCAGCAAUGUUCACAGUGGAUAGCACAGAAGAACAGCUCAAAGCUGACUGUCGAAGAUGUCAAUCAAGUUUUGGAGAGGAUGAAUUAUCCUGUUAUCUUCGGUCACAAUGAAAGCGUUACGGAGUUUUGGAAUAUUGGUGGAGUGCUUGUUGAAAAUGACCCUGAUGUUGACCUCUGCAGUGCUGUCCUAAAUGAUGUAAACACUUUCCAACUCUCUGGAGGGCUUUUCAUUAAAAAUGAGCUUAUCAUGGGCAGAGGAGAGGAUGGAAAUGUUGGACAUUUGCCAGAGACGCUCACUCGAUGCUAUGACAGCAUCAGAGCCAUUCUUUGUGGCUGCAAUGAGCAGCAUUUCAGGUCCUUGGCGCUUUCCUUGCGCUCAAACUCUCUACUAGGCCCAAUUUUACCUUAUGUCGUUGAUGACAUAGCGGAGCAGAUCAAACUGGCCAAUGGCAGAGAAGCAAAGCUCUACUGCUUAUUUGACGUUGUCAAUGCUCUGAUCAGCAACCAGUUCGUUGACCUUAGCAAAUCAGUCAGUAUCAACAAGCUGAUGGCCAGCCUGCUGUCAGUGGCCUUCUCGCCAAACCAAGGCAAAGACGACGACCUGCGGCGCAAGUCUGCGGAAAUGCUGGGUCGGUCCAUGCUUCGUUGGCCAAACAUCCUGCUCGUUCGAGAAGUGCUGCACAAAUUGAAUAAAUGUCUGCAGGACAGUUUGCUGCCUCUUCAAGUGCAAAGAGGAGCUCUGCACAUAUUGGCCACAAUGGGUAACGCCUCUUUGGCCUUGGUGCUGUGGCCCCUUCUGCUGAACAGACCCACCUACGGCGUCUUCCUAGAUGCCAUCAGGAGCAAAACUGAGCUCUCUGCAGACUAUGCUGCCAUUCAGGACACCCUUCUUGUCUGCUCUCUUGCCCUUCAGGGUUUCACUGUUGGAGUGGACAUUCCAAUCAAGAAUGUUGCUUCGGUAGCUUCAGCAGGGUGUCCUGACGCGAUUUACCACCUCUUCUGUGAUCUGAUGGGUGACGACGUCAUGUGUUGUCGUUGGCCAGUGCCCAAGAGAGCUCCGAAAUUACUGGGUGUCAAAGUGCAGGCUCAGAAAAAUGUUUCCUUGGCUAUGCGAGCGACGCCGUCCAGAGCCAGAAAGCGUCAACAGAUGGUUGCACAGAAGGCUCCGAGACAGCACAAGCAGAAAUACAUGGGCAAGGUGAUCUUCAAAGUGGCCAGGCUGACGGACGUUCGAAGGCAAAGACUCCAACAGAAAGCUUUUAGUUCUGUGCAAAGCACUCGCAAUUCAGGGAUGGGGGUGCGACUGAAGAAGAGGGGAAAGAAGAAGAGUGCUGCUGUGAAAGUUUCCUGUAAUCUACACUCUGUCAUUUAAAAAUAUUUGCAAAAAUAAACUUUUUCUGAAAGAAAAUCCCUCUUCUGUGGCAUUUUGUAUAGUAUUAUUUAUUGUGGGAUCAGAAUUUCAUUAUGUUCAAUAUAAAAAGAGUUAGACUGAUGUCUGCAUGGGAUAACAAAUACAAUAAAGGUCAUAAUGGGUUUGGAGAGUA